AUGGACACCGAGCCCCUCCAACGACGCCGUCGAACCAAUGCAACUCCUCAGAACGCCGCCGUAACGGAGAAAAGGUUGAAACGCAGCGAGAUACUAGCAAAGAAGAAAGCCGAUAAACAACUCAUCAAAGAAGCAUAUGCCAUAAAGGACCAACUCGCUUCCUUUCCGGCUUAUCGCCACUUCCAAUUUAAUGGUCUGUCAGUGUGUUUGAAGUCAGGACAUGGCAAUAAACUUUCGUCUCCUGUUAAACGUUAUAUUCAGAAUCUCCUUAAGCUUAACAUGGAAGGGCCAUAUGGAUCUGAGUGGCAAGUGGAAGAGAAGGUGAAGCGCAUAGAAAUGGUUGAUCCUGAAGCAUGCUAUAUAUUCGUGCAUGAGGUUGAUCAUUCAAAUGCUGAUGAGAUGACAACGGUGGUAACUGCGGAAGAUACCAGUGGGUUAGAAGUUAGUAGGCCCUUGGUUGGGUUUGUACAAUACCGCUUUGUUUUGGAAGAAGAGGUACCAGUGCUUUAUGUGUAUGAACUACAGGUUGAGCCUCGGGUCCAGGGGAAAGGAUUGGGGAAGUUUCUAAUGGAACUGAUUGAGCUUAUCGCCCAAAAGAACUGCAUGGGUGCCGUCAUGCUUACUGUUCAAAAGGCAAACUUCUCAGCUAUGAAUUUUUAUACAAGUAAGCUAAGAUAUAUCAUAUCAGCCACAUCACCUUCUAAAGUUAUUCCAAAUAUGGAGAAGAGUUAUGAAAUUCUUUGCAAAACAUUUAAUGAUGAAGCUAAAACUAUUUUGGAGUUAAAGCAGUCACUCAGUACACCAUAA